CAAGAGUUGAGUAAGCAAGCGCUUGGUUUGACUUGCCUGGAGACAAGGAGAUUCUAUUCAAUCAACAAUUCUUCCCUUCUCCUCCAAUGUUUUAAUUACAGAAGUCAAUUUUCUUCUUCUUUUCUUUUCCUUUUUUCCCUCUUUGGAUCUGAAAUUGGUUAACCAAAGUCGCAUGGCUUGAAGCGCUGGAAAUCUCUCCCGCCUGCACGGUGUGUACAGAAGUAAACAAACCCCCGAUUCCUACAUUGUCUAGGGCACCUCCCUCGAGAUAUCGAGGCGGGGAGGGGGGAUUUUGUCAGAGUUAGGAUGGGGAUUACAGGGCUCCACGGCCUCCUCAAAUCUAUCCAGAAGCCAUGUAACCUGCGGAAAUUUAAGGGCCAGACUUUUGGUGUCGAUGCCUAUGGAUGGUUACAUCGAGGUACCGUCGCGUGUGCCAUCGACCUCGCUCUCGAUAAGCAUAAUACCAAAUAUGUCGACUUUGCCAUGAACCGCGUCCGCAUGCUGCUUUACUUUGGUGUAACCCCUUACCUUGUCUUCGAUGGUGAUCACCUCCCCAGCAAGGCCGGCACUGAGACAGCGAGAGCCCAGCGGCGCGAGGAGAGCAAGAAGCUUGGCUUGGAAUUAUACCGUUCGGGCCGGGUGACGGAAGCGCACCAGGAGCUGCAGAAGGCUGUCGACGUGACGCCGUACAUGGCUCGGCUGAUGAUUGAGGAGCUGAAGAAGUUGAAGAUCCAGUAUGUCGUUGCGCCUUAUGAGGCCGACGCGCAGCUAGUAUAUCUUGAGAAACAAGGGAUGAUCAAUGGGAUAAUUUCCGAGGAUUCGGAUUUGUUGGUGUUUGGGGCGAAAAGGUUGCUGUCUAAGUUGGAUAAGCAUGGGGAUUGCGUGGAGAUUAAUCGGGGGGAUUUCACAGCGUGUCGCGAUAUCAGUCUUAUCGGUUGGACAGAUGCCGAUUUUCGGCUCAUGUGCAUUCUUUCUGGUUGUGAUUAUCUUGCGAACUUGCCGAAGAUGGGGCUCAAAACGGCGUAUCGGAAUGUCAGGAAGUACAAGACCGUUGAGAAGAUUUUAAAGAUGCUUCAGUUUGAGGGGAAUGGUGCUCGUGUGCCGCCGCAGUAUCUGGAGGAUUUCAAGAGGGCCGAACUUACCUUCUUGCACCAGUUAGUCUUUUGUCCUCUGGCUAGAAAGCUGGUUACGCUCUCCCCACUCCCUGAACAUACGAGCCUGGAUAGCAUGCCAUUCGUCGGCGCGUAUAUCGAGCCCGACACGGCAAUUGGAGUUGCGUGCGGAGACCUGGACCCCAUAACCAAAGAGCCCAUAAACUUACAACCCUCGUACCCAGAGAGAUCGCGAUUGUUGGUUUCCAGACGACAAACACUACCAUCCACCACAGAUUUGAAACAAAGCAAACCGAUAGACUCCUUUUUCACACCCAAACGCGUUCCACUGGGUGAACUGGAUCCGAACAGCCUCACCCCUUCGCCUAGUCAGCAGCGACUUAUUGAAGCAAAUGCCAGACGGUCGUGGGUUGCCAGCUCGGUCCCAACGAGGGGGAAUGUCCGAAGGGCCACCUCGUCUUUCUUUCCGCCAAAUACUGCCUCCCCAUCUACCUCUUCCACACGGGUUUUCCCGCCCCGUACGACCAAAACACCGCUAAGCAGCGAUAGGGAGAAGUUUCUUGCCAGUGCUUCGACUGUGUCGAAAUUCCAGCCUGUAAAACGGCAGCGUCUGUGUUCUGACGCGGACGAAGCGGGGGCGGAGGCUGCAGCCGCGGUGUUGGGGACUGAGAAGCGCAGUCGAUUCUUUGCGGGUGCCGGUAAGGGUACGGGGAUGGGUACAACAGUCGGGGCUAAAUCAAGUGGUUCAGCUGGGAUUAGUAAUGCAGAUAAGGCGCGGACGAAGAAGGCUAAAAGAGCUGAUUUUGGAGUGUUUUCAGACAAUGUUGUUGAGGAUAUCAUGUUGCAGCUUCCUGACGGGGUGAGUCAGGCUGAGACGCGGGAUGCGGAUGGGGUAAAUAAUAUGUCUGAGGACGGGCUUUCGAUUACGCAGUCGAAAAUUGAAGAGGGGGGAGAAUCCAUAGAAGAUAUAGGAUCUAGUAUUGCUGAUGCACUACUAAAUCGUAAUUUUCCCGAGGAAGAACCCACGGCUACUACGACUGGGUUGACGCAAGCGAUGACCGGUAUUUCGACUGGAGGUAGCGACUCCCAACUUUCUGCCAGGAUGUUGGAGUAUGAAGACGAAGGUCUUGAUGAUGGUGAUGCAUGUGUGAAUUCUUCGUCUUGUUCUUUGGGAUUACGUGAUAAAUUUGGGUAUGUCGAAUCGAAUAGGAGAUCCGAGGCGGAUCAUGGGACUGCGGCAGGAAAUGAACAUGUUUAUCAAAAUCAACAUUGCGAGGGAGAAGUGGGAGGAGAAGGGGGGAAAAUUGAGAAGAGCCCUGCUCCGCAUACUGCACAGGGGCAGCAACGGCAACCGUCCCGAAUGACCGCAUUGCAGCGGCUGGGGCAGUCUGCGCUCUACCGGUCGAAGUCUAUGGGUUCUUUGCGGACGGCAAAGACUUCGCUAAUGGGUGGGGAUGAAAAGGAUAAUAAUAAAGGAGAGUCGGAGGGUGUUGAUGCUGUUGAUGAUGAUGGUGGAGUUACCCCAUCCCGUUCCGGAUCCUGCUACUCUAGACCUGGAGGCGGCAGAGAGCGGUGUUUGUCAGCAGCGAUGAUGAAGCAUCAAAGUCGGGGGAGUGAGGAUUUGAUUAUUCCGGAUAGUGAAGGGGAGAGUGAGGUGGAGUUGGAGGUGGAUGUGUUGAAUGAAGGGGAAGAAAAGGGGAGGCAGACAGAAAAAGGGGCUGCUGUUGAUUUUAAGCAGUUUCUGUUCACGGGUAGUGGUAGUGGGUAGGUGAGUGUUUGUGAUUCUAGAGAUAUUUUUAUUCUUUCUUCUUUUCUUUUCUUUUCCCUCUUUGAUAUUACAGUAUGGAUAAAGGUGUUAUUCUAUCAGGAUUGGGUGUUCUUAGGAGUUUUUUUUUAUUUUUUUUCUUUUAUGGCAAGUGAGUGGACCUAGCUAGCUCAAUACCUCAUACCUUCUACGGGCUUGCAGUUAGAUAAUGAGAAGUUAAUGACUUUGCACAACUAGUUAACUACCUGGAGGCAAACUGCUUUAACCAGCCAAGAGUCCUCCUACUACAAGAUGUUAUCAAUGUAUAAGAUAUAUUUAUUCUCUCAUUU